UCAGACCUCUGGAGGAAGGACUUAAACUGAGUACUUCUGGAGGGUCUCGAAGGAAGGGGUUUGCGGUGCACCAAGACUUGUCCUGUGUACUUUAGAGGAAGGACUAAACUGCGUGCUUUUGGAGGAAACACUUUUACUGUGGACAAAGACUUAAACCGAGAACUUUUGGAAGAAAUACUUAGACAGUGUAGAGAGGGUUCGAUUCAGUUCAUAUUCGAAAAUUAAGACCAAAAGAAGCAAGACACGGCUUUCAGAUAUCGAUGUUGGAAGAGUGAAAAAGAGUGAAAAAUCUUGUUACAUUUGUGCGCGAGUCUACAUGUCAGUGUUUGUAUGGAGAUAUAUCUUACCUAAGUAACCAUAAUCCUUAUUGAAAAAAACAGCUUCUAUAUGUAUAACAAAUUCAUCUGAAAGAACGAUCAAUAAUGUAAAUGCGUUCAUCUUUAGCUGCGCACCUGACGAAGUGACGUGUACCAUAACAAAACAAGAAGCGGUUGACCUCAGCAUUGAAACCAUGGGAGGAGUGCUCAACCGAGCGAUCGCGGAGGGAAAGGUGAGGGCAGUCGAAUUAGCACUAUCCCAAGGAACGCCUCCGGAUGGGGACAGAAGCGACAAGAGGAAACCUAUCCACCUCGCCCUUGACAGCGGCUCCCUGGCGAUCAUUGAGCUGCUGUGCACCAAGGGCGCUGACAUCAACGUGCCAGAUCCAACCAAUGAGGGGAGAACACCGCUACAUAUGGCUAUCAGGAAAAAUUCUCCAGAUAUCAUGAAACUGCUACUUGCCCACCAGGCGAGGCCGAAUGUGAGAGACAGUGCAGGAGAGACUCCUCUUCACAUCGCAAUACACAUGAAUGCUAUCACUUCCGUCGAUCUUCUGCUGAAAUAUAAAGCAAAUGUUCAUCUGAAAGACGCGUCACAUAACUUUCCACUCCAUACUGCUGUGAGAAAAAACAACUACAACAUCAUCAGAAUGUUACUGAAUGCAGGAGCUUCAGUGCAUAUUGUGGAUGCAUCAGGCGACUGGUUGCUUCACGUGGCUGCAAGGAUCGCGUCAACACGGAUCCUGCAAGUGCUGAAGGAGAAGGGAUGCGAUGUAAACAAGCGCAACGCAGACGGGUCGUCGCCACUGCAUCUGGCUGCGGAGUCCGGCAACCUGGAGGCUGUCAGGUGGUUCACGCACAACGGAGCAAAACUCGACGGUCUGGAAGCAAGGAAGAAGUCACCAGACGGCAGAGCAGUAGGAGCAAAGCAGAAACAUGUGGUUCCCGAAGGAGAUGGGCGACGUCCUGUCUGGCUUGUUCAUCGCCCAAGGAGGACCGAAGGAAGAGAGCAAGACAAAGAACCUGCGAAGGAGGUGGAUGCCAGGACCCUCAUAAAAGAAGCUCUGGCCUCCGGUGACUUCAAGAACCUGAUAAAACUGAUUGAAAAAGGGACUGACGUGGAUACUCUGAUUCAUGAGAGUAACGACCAGGGGAUGCGAGCGGUUCAUUACGCCGCCCAGAGCGGCAACAUGGAGAUGCUGAGAGCGCUGAAGCAGAGGAAAGUCGACCUGAAGUCCUUGACCUCAAAGGGCUUCACGGCGCUCCACUACGCCGUCUUGAACGGCCACCUGGACGCCGUCCGCUGGCUGGUGGCGGAGGCGGGUCUCGACGCUGCCAGCCGCAGCAAAGGGGGGGAAACAGCCCUAGACUUGGCAAAAACACUAAAAAAGGCCGAUAUUAGUAAUUACUUGCAGGAGAUUGCGCAGAGGGCGGAAAGGCAGUUUCUGACCCCUCGGAGAUGGAGAAUUCAGGAAGCAGCGACAGCAGUUGAAGCAGCGAAGGCUACCAAACCACAGCCUGCCCAAGGAGCAGCUGGCCUACACUUGGUCUUCGGUCGCCCUUCUCCUCCUGCAGGAACUCGGGAAGGAGACCAAGGGAAGGACGACGCCAAGGGGGUGGAUGCGCAGGCCUGCGUAAAAGAAGCUCUGGCCUCCGGUGACUUCAAGAACCUGAUAAAACUGAUCGAAAAAGGGACUGACGUGGAUACUCUGAUUCAUGAGAGUAACGACCAGGGGAUGCGAGCGGUUCAUUACGCCGCCCAGAGCGGAAACAUGGAGAUGCUGAGAGCGCUGAAGCAGAGGAAAGUCGACCUGAAGUCCUUGACCUCAAAGGACUUCACGGCGCUCCACUACGCCGUCUUGAACGGCCACCUGGACGCCGUCCGCUGGCUGGUGGCGGAGGCGGGUCUCGACGCUGCCAGCGCAGCAAAGGGGGGGAAAACAGCCCUAGACUUGGCAAAAACACUAAAAAAGACAGAGAUCGUUAUUUACUUAAACGAGGUGACCCAAGGGCUAAGGGGCGCAGAAGGAACGACUGCCCGGCUGUUGAUUCAAGCGACAAGGGUCAGGGAGGGCGAAGCCACCCGAGAUUUAAACCUGGUGAAGCAGGCCAGGGAAGCUGCGCGAGCCGGAGACGUGCGGAGAGUGAGGGAGGUUCUGCGUCGCGGCUUCGGGAUCGAGACGGAGUUCCAGGAGGCGGCGAAUAGAGGUUGGCGACUUCUUCACUUCGCUGCCGAUAGAGGGCACUCAGCCCUUGUUGCUCUUUUGAUGCAGGAAAACGCCCAUGUGAACGCUUCAACGAAAGACGGCAUGACACCGCUCCACCUGGCGUCCUGGGGGGGCCACGCCGAGGUCAUCGGGGUGCUGCUUGCUAAACGCGCAGACGGGAAUGCUAAGACUACAGAAGGCAUGACGGCGAUCCACCUGGCGGGAAUGGGCGGCCACGUGUCCUCGAUGGAGGCGCUGACGCCCGCGUGUGACAUCCUCUCCGUCACUCGCGAAGGGAAGUCGGCGCUCCACCUGGCGGCCGAGUACGGAAACUUGGGCGCCGUCCAAUGGCUGCUUCUGCAAGGGCUCGACGCCUCUAUAAGGGAUAAGAAAGGCUGGACUCCCCGCCAGUACGCGAAGGACGAAGGGCACAGGAAGGUGGUGGAGGUGUUGGAGAAACUGGAAAAGCAACGUUUACCACAAGGAUUUGCGCAGCAACAGAAAAUAGUGAAGGAUCUUCAAGAAAAGUUGCAGGCCAGGGAGACGGAAAUCAACCGUCUGAACAGGCAGCAGGCGAUGAAGGACCGAAUCCAGGAAAGAGCGCAAGCUCAGAUUAAGAACGAGCUUCAAGAAAUGCGAGAGACCUUGAGGGCCCAGAGCGAGAUGAUAGUCCGCCUCCAGAGCACGAUGCUGACGAAGGCCGAGCCAGGGAAGGAGACACAGAAUUAACACUGGUCGAUGCCACGGCGCCCACUCACGCUGAGCGGAUAGCGGCUACGAAAACAUUAUUCUUCAUACAAAUAUUUUCUUUAUUGCCACAGCUAUAUGAAGGGGUGGG